GAGGGUCGAGCGAGGGUUCAGAGUUGGCGGGGUGCGCGCGGCGACGCUCAGCCAUCAUUGAUCCCAGCGCCAUCUGCACCACAAGUUUGAGUUGCAGUGUUUUUCCUGUCGCGAUAUUUCUGGACGCUGAGAUCCAAGGCUGGAUGAGCAGUGGUUGAGGUAUGAAUGAACUGGCACUCGUGCCAAGAUGAAGAUCGAUCGAACCAAAUUAAAGAAAAGCAGCUCAGAAGUUCCUGGUGAUUGUGGUUGGCUAAUAGAGAAGUUACAAAGCUGCAGCAAUGAGGAACUAUUGCCAGUUCUUCGAAGUGUGGAAUCGUGGAGUUACGGGAAAUGUGAAUUGUAUCACUGGAUUGAUGUGCUAGACAGAUUUGAUACAGUAUUAGAGGAGGCAGCAGAGAAAGAUGAAGACAAAUGGGUGCUACCAUGCGACCUUGCCCAGAAUUGUCAUGAACAGGAGUUGGUUGUAUGGGUGCUACACUUCACAACACUGUUGGUGGAGCAUUCCUUUUCCCGACACCUGUAUUCCUCCGUGGAGCACCUCAUUACCCUUUUGUCGUCCACUUCCAUGACAAUUGUCUUGGCUGUUCUCAACUUGCUCUACAUGUUCAGCAAGAGGUCAAAUUUCAUCACACGUUUGGCAGUAGCGCCCCGGCAAGCCCUCUUACUCCGCCUCAUCAACCUAGCAGAGCCAUGGGGUGGAAAGGACAAUGGAUUUGGCCUUGCACAGUGUUGCCAAAAUCUUUCUCUAUCUGCUUUUCCAGAAAAUGCUACAACACUUCACUAUGAGUUUUAUGGUGAGCAUCAACAACCACAACAACAACAACCACAGCAGCAACAGGCUGGGGAGGGAAUAAGCAGCAGUAGUGGUGGCUGCAGCAGUAACAGAGGAAACAGCUCUAUAAUCACUAUUCAUAUAGAUAAUAUGCAGAAUAUCAGCAAGUCACCAGCACAGGUGAUGGAGGAGCUUUUGCAGGUGUACAAAGUGCCUAUUGAGAAACAGAUGGUCCUGUUUACUCAUAUAAGAUUAGCCCAUAGUUUUGGGAUAUUUGAAACUCGAUUGCAGUGUGUUCAAGCCCGACUACAGGCACUCUCUGUGCUCGUAUAUUGCAAUGCACUCCAGGAUAAUGCUAAUACAGUUUUGUAUUCUGGGCUUCUUGAUGAGUUUGUUGAGGUGUUGGAGUUGAAUGACACCAAACUGACAGAGAUAAAGGCUGCCACUCUCCGUACUCUGACUUCCAUAAUACACCUCGAUCGUAUGCCCAGCUUCCCGAAAUUGAACACUAUUAUAGAUGUUACUGGUGCCGCCUCCUACCAUGGUUUUCUGCCAGUGUUGGUCAGAUCGUGUAUUGCCAAUUUGACAGCCACAACACCACCGGUGCCUAAUCCUUUUCCUGCACCUCUGGCCACGGCACUGUUUUCGUUCCUGUAUCACCUUGCCAGUUAUGAGGCCGGGGGAGAAGCCCUCGUAUCUUGUGGUAUGAUGGAAUCUCUCAUCUCGGUCGUCAACUGGAAAGGCACAGAACCAGAUCAUAUUACGUUUGUAACCAGAGCAGUGAGAGUUAUUGAUCUUAUUACAAAUUUAGACAUGCAUGCCUUCCAAACCCACGGAGGACUCUCAGCCUUCAUACGACGACUAGAAGUGGAAGUGGAAGAAUGCCGGAAGGAACAGCCAUUUGUAAUAAGUUUACCGGCACCUCUAGCCGAAAGUGAAAGUGCAAGUGCUUCUGCCGAGGCAGAGCAACCGACAACCACCGUUGAAGAACCUGUCGUCACAACAGAAUCAACAGAAGUGCCUGACACUGCUACACAUUCACCUAUGGACACUACUCCUGCGCCUGUGUCCGAUAGUGCCAGUGAAUUGGAAAUUCCCCUGAGCCAGCCAUCGUUCAACCUUUCUCGGCCCAGUACCUCGGCUGCUAUGGAAGUUCCGACUGCUUCCCAGCCCGAUUAUAGUGAAGCAAAGACUGGUUUGUCAUGUUUGCCCCAAAGAGCAGCUCUUGUGAAAUCGAUGCUCAACUUUCUGAAGAAAGCCAUUCAAGAGCCAGGUUUUAGUGAGAGCAUGCGUCAUCUAAUGGAAGGCUCCCUACCUGCGUCCCUCAAACACAUAAUUAGUAAUGCUGAAUAUUAUGGAGCCUCACUGUUUCUGCUAGCUACGGAUGUAGUCACAGUCUAUGUGUUCGGAGAGCCGUCCUUGUUGUCAUCCCUUCAGGAUAAUGGACUAACAGACGUUGUGCUCCAUGCACUUCUUGUAAAGGACGUACCAGCCACAAGAGAGGUGUUGGGUUCUCUUCCUAAUGUGUUUAGUGCUCUAUGCCUCAAUUCUCGGGGCCUUGCUGCAUUUGUGGCCUGUAAGCCGUUUGAACGACUGUUCAAGGUGCUUCUCUCCCCUGACUAUCUACCGGCCAUGAGAAGGCGGCGUUCAUCAGACCCCAUGGGUGAUACUGCAUCUAACUUGGGUAACGCAAUGGAUGAACUGAUGAGACACCAGCCUAGCCUUAAGGCCCAGGCCAUGAAGGCUAUUGUUAAAUUAUUAGAAGAAGUAUGCUUGUUGGGCAGUGACACGCACUAUAUCUGCUGGAAGACCCCGCCCAAGCAUGAAGCAUCACCCGCUCCAGUGUCUCGAACAACAAAUGAUAACUCGAGUGAUGAAGAAGAGGAAGAGGAGGAGGAGAGAGAUUCCGGUGUUGCCGGGCCGCCCGUUUCCACCGGACAGCGAGAAGAUGUCCCCUUGUCGGACACAACGCCUGGGGAAAAACGGCCCGUGCCUCUGGUGGACUAUGUACUUAAUGUCAUGAAGUUUGUGGAUGCCAUCCUCAGCAAUAAUUCGACAGAUGACCACUGCAAAGAAUUUGUCACCCAGAAAGGCCUUGUACCUUUACUUGGCAUUUUGGGAUUGCCAAAUCUUCCAAUAGACUUCCCAGUUUCUCAAGCUUGCCAAUCUGUAGCAUCUGUCUGCAAAUCCAUAUUGAAUCUUGCUCAUGAAAGUGGAGUUCUUCAGAGGGGACUACAGUGCCUAAAUGAAAAAUUAGAAGCACUGGCUCCACUACAUGAACCUUUGCCUUCUCCGGGAGGGUCUGUCCUUCUGCGUGAGCUAGCGUGUGCACCAACCCCUGGUGAGGCCACAGCAUCACCGCAGGCCACCCCUCUCUUGCAUACCCUUAGUGCUGUUCAUGCUUAUAUCAUGAUGCUAGUGCACGUGUGCCGCACAGGACAGACUGAGAUUCGGCAAGUGUCUAUCAACCAGUGGGGGACAGAGUUGGGUCUGCGUGUGUUGGCAGGGCUCACACAGUUGUACACGUCACUCGUGUGGGAGUCGACAGUGUUGUUAGCUCUGUGUUCAGAUGAUGCACUACCUGCUGGCUGUCUUUUUGGCAAAGAAGAUACCGACAAGCUUCUUCCACCAGACUUAAGAUGUGAUGACGGAAGCCGGAGUGAGGCUGUUGCAAUGGAAGUAACGGAAACAGAUGUGAAAGUGACUGCAGGAGGAAGUAUACCCACAGCUGAGGAUAGUGGCACGGAGAGCCCAACUCGACAACAGUCUGCUGCCACACAACACCAAAUGAAGCUGAUCAAACCACUUUUGUCAUCGGCCUCUAGAUUAGGAAAGGCUCUUGCUGAACUGUUUGGCUUGCUCGUAAAGCUGUGUGUUGGGUCACCGUUGCGUCAACGGAGAGGGCAGCAGGUGGCAACUCCAAUUACCCCACCGUCCGCAUCAGCACGGGCAGUAGCUUCAGCCUUGGCACAACUCCUGUAUGCAGGUCUCUCAUGGACGCCGCCACCAUCCUCUCCGGUGCCCAAGUUUCGUCUUACGUUCCUCAUCUGUUCGGUUAGGUUUACCAAUCCAAUGCUUUUUGAUGACAAGAAGAUGCCAUACCAUCUGAUGCUUCAGUAUUUUGCAUCCUCUCAAGGUCUUAAAGCCUUCUUUGACACAUUUGAGUGGGCCAUCACUGCUGGAGGAACUAUGCAGGGACAAAAUGGAUUGGAUUCUGGGGAGUUACCAGAAGGUACUGGAGAAUUCUUAGACACGUGGCUAUUCCUAUUGGAGCGAUUAGUCAACCCACGAACUAUGUUGGAUUCUCCCAACUCUCUUCCUGCUAAGUCCUCGCAACCUGGCUAUCAACCAUUCAGUCCACUCAAGUUUUUAAUUCAUAUACAAAAGGUUGCAUUCGAAGCUGUAAUGAAAUUGUGGAACAAGAAACCUUUGAAGUCUUAUGGAGUACGCAUAUCUGAAUCUGUGCUGGUCAUCCUGUGCUCAAUAAUCAAGGGCGAGGCAAUUAUACAGGAGCGUCUAGCGAAAGAGAAAGAGAGCGUGCCCACUUCCACCACUGCAGUGACCACACCCACCCCUAAUACAAGUACUAACAAUACCACAUCCACCACAACUACCACCACCACCACUACUACCACCACCACUACUACAACCACCACCUCAACCACUGCAACUGCUGUGACUGCUGGAACACCAUCUUCUGUGCCUUCUUCGGCACCAUCUUCUACUCCAACACCGUCGGAGAGCACUGGCCAACCUCCCUCGGCAGAUUCCGAGGUGAACCAGCAGCAUCUACAAGCACUUAUGGACAUGGGUUUUGCAAGAGAACGUUGCAUGGAAGCGAUCGCUCAGACCCAUACGCUGCAGCAGGCCACGGAGUACUUACUGAUGAACCCUCUCAUGGAUCAGGUUUCUGGUGCUGGAGGCAGUGGAGAUAUGGAGCUAACAGAGGAAGACCAGAUGCUGCAAGCUAUUGCCAUGUCUCUUGGGGAGAAUGUGCAAGUGUCUGGUGGAGGCACCCACCCACGUAAUGUGCUCUCCAAACCACCACCUGUCCCACAGAAAGAAGUGGAUGAUGAACCCCUUAGUAAAGAUACCCUUGAUAACUUCACCAAAUGUGUGCUGGAGGGAUGCUUGAGUCAACUGGAUGUCCAGCCACAGAUGGUGUACAAGGUCUGUGAACUCCUUACAACCUGUGCUACACGUAAUGGCACGCACUGGAGAGAUGGCAUGCUUACUACACUCAUUAACCAAAUUAGUAGCCAAGCAGGGCAGUUACUGUUGACUAACACACUAUCAACGCAAGAAACUGUAGAACUACUGUGUUCUUCCGUCUUGGCAUCUAAGUUUGCAGUUAGAUUGCAUCUUGUUACUCUGCUGUUUGAGGAGAUGAAAAGUGGGUGUGCUAUGGCCAUGGAGCAAGCUGGAUUGGUGGACACCCUUACAGAUUUGUUUACCUUAACCCAUGCUGCUAUGGCUUCCAUUUCCACAACCACUUCUGCUGCUCCUGCUGUUGCGGCUGCGACUGCUGCAGCUGCUGUUACCACGCCUUCUCCCGUGUCAGCUGUGUCUUCUGGAACAUCACAGGCUAAGGAAAAGGAAUCUGGGGAUGGUUCCGGGACCCCCAAGUGGAUCUCGCCUGGAUUAUUAUUGCUCGAUUUGUAUGAAAAAUUGGCUAUAGCUACAAAGAGAAGGUCGUCUGUAAGCAAGAUAUGUAACCACGUGUGGAAAUGGUUUGACAUGAGCACCCUUAAGUGGUGUGCAUACUCGGCAAGCAACAAUAAAACCAUCGACGAUGCUUACUGGGCAGGCGAGGCGAGCAUCAGGAUUAUCAAUGGCCGUAGAAAAUACACCAUCCAGUUUCAUUCAAUGGUGCAGGUAAAUGAGGAAUCUGGUAACCGACGUCCUGUCAUGAUCACUGUCAAGGAUAAGGCUAUUGCUGAGGAGAAGAAAAAACUGCCAAGUAUCAUGCCUCAAGAUGAGCCAACACCAGCUACCGAAGAGGAAAAUGCAAUGGCCAGCAAGCCAGAGGAUGCAUCUGCAGAUGAGGAUAAAACUGAGGGUACCAAAUCUGGAGAAGAGGCAGUGAGUUUAGAAUAUGCUUUAGACCCUGGAGUGGAAGUACCGGCUGAUGCUGUAACGGUGGCAGCAACCGGAGAUGAGAAGAUGGAGUGUGAAGAUGGUGAGGAUGCAACCACUGAAGCUCCUGACAUCAACAGUACAGAAGUUGUACCUAUUGAUGGUCUCACAGAAACCCACCAUGAAGCUAUGAUCAGAGCAUGUGUGGGCUUCAUGAAACUUGGAGUUGAACCUGAUACACUUCAUGCAUUGAUGCGUCUUUGUCUGCGAAUCACCCGAGUGUGGGAGCAAGCGUGUCUUUUUGCCAGCCUCGGUGGUGUACGCACCUUACUCUCCCUCACAGAGUCUUCAGGGUUUUGGGGCUUCCAAAAUUUGGCAGCUCUACUUAUGAGGCAUGUGCUGGAGGAGCCCACCACGUUGCGUUAUACCAUGGAAAAGGUGGUGCGGUCCUCGGCUAGUAACAACACCAUGUCGGGAGCCAAAGAACUACAUUAUUUGUUGAGGUUACUUGCCCCUGCUGCGUGCCGAGAUCCCCAUCUCUUUACUGAAAUCACACAACAAUGCCUUCGAAUAGACCUUAACAUGACACUUAAAAGAAACCUCAUGUCGGCAAACAAUGAGGACAGUAUUUUGAUGAAAAGUGUUGGUGGGAAGAGUGUCGUUAGUACUGCUGGAGGAAGUACUGGUGCUGGGAGUACUGGGAGCUCUGCUCUUGUCACAGGUAUGACCCUUAGCCUGGAGCCUCAGCAACUGAUUCAUGAUCUCCUCGAAGCUCUUACAACUUUGAAAGAUGACGCUGACCCUGUUUCUGCCUCUGCUGUCACCCCAAGCACAACGGUGGCUGGCGGUAUAGUGGCCAACACUACACCAACCGAGGAAAGAGCCUCGUCAUCAAGCAACAAUGCACGAAGACAACUACAUCUUUCACGGUCUUCUUCAGCAAAUGAUAUGGUUGUCCAGGAAGCUGAUGAACAGAGUCCUAUGGAGAGCGAUGCUAGCAAGUUGCCAGGAGCUGACAGCAAAGCGGGUUCCAGUGAGAAAGUAGAUGAUGCUGCAAAGAAAAAGAAGCCUCUCUUAUCCAAGUCACUUAUAUGUAAACUUCUGGCUGAAUUUGUUCGGUCUUAUGCAGGUUGUGCCAAACUAGUCACUGAACAUCAUUACUCGGCAGGAUCUAAUGAGAAAAUCACUGAGGAUUGCUCGGCUCUAGCUUACAUGCUUGACCACCUGGUGUGUAGCAGCUCGACCUCGGACAAGGAUACGGCUGGUCACGUGCGUGUCCUUAUAGCUGCCCUUGCAUCAUGCAAUCAUGCCCCUGAAGCUCAAACAAUCCUUGUGGCAGAGGUAAAAGCAGCUUUGGGACGUGCAACAGUGUACUCAGAGAGCAUGGAGAAGCACGGCCGGAUCCAAGCUCUUGUGGGACUGAUAUGCACCAUGAUGGAGGCAUGUCCUGCACAGUUAAAUCAACCUCCAAACAUGUGCUUCAAGCAGCAGCAGCAUGGGAUGAACAACAUGAUAAGACAAAUGGUACGCAAGGGGUUGGUGACGGACCUCGCACGUAUUCCUCACAGUCUCGACUUGUCAUCCCCCAACAUGGCUGCCACAAUCAAUGCUGCUCUCAAGCCUCUUGAACUAGUGUCACGCAUUGUCAAUUUACCAUCGUUUGUACCCACGUCGUCAUCGAAGAAAAAAAACACACAAAGUGAUGAUGCACAGCAACCAAUUGGUACAGGAACAACUAAUAGUGAAGCUACCAGAGCUCAAGGUGAUGAUAAUAUUGAGGACACAGAAAAUACUGAACAUGACAUAUCAGGGGCAGGAGAGAGUCUGGAGCCAGCUUCAGAUGCUCAUCCUAAUGAGGAUGGUACUCUAGUUGAGGGUGAUGAGGCUGGACUGGAGGAAAUAUUAGACCACCUCUUAGAAGACGGAGGAGGUCGAGCACAACCACAUCGGGACACAGUCACAGCUACCGUCACUUAUGUCAUUGACCACGAUGCUCCCAUGGACACUGAUGACACACUUCACGACUCGCGCAUGGUGUCACACUCGGAGAGCCAGUUCCUGGAUGAAGGAGAAGAUGGAGGAAAUGAAGAACAGGACGAUUCAUCAUCCGAGUCAUCUGAAGAACGGGAAGAAGAUGAAGCAGACGACGAAGACAAUGACGAAGAAGUUGAAGAGGAGGAAGAGGAAGAGGAAGAUGGAGGCGAUGACGAUGAUGAUGAGGAGGAAGAGGAAGAGGAAGGCUCUGUGUUUGAUGAGGGCUAUGAAGAUCUGGAGGAAGCCUUCAUUCGCCUUCCAGGAGAUCGUGAUUCAGAUGACAUUCUUCUCUUGCCGUCCUAUCAACAGUAUAUUGACACAAUAGAUACUAUCAUAUUUGGGGAUCGAGUUGAUCGGGUAUCCCUUCAUCACCAUAGCAACUCUCACGAGGAUCCAUCAUUCAUGGCUUCUACACCCAAUGCUAAUCCAAGUGGGAGCAAUGCCAUUCCCACUCACCCAUUAUUCCAGAACCCCCGUGAGGUUCCUGCUUCGGCCAGCGCUCGCCUCAACAGCAGGCCCAGUCGCCAACGCGGGGUGCUCAGGUACCAUACUGUCACCCCACGCACCCACACCACCACCACCACCAUACUCCAGAGACUACUGGGACCCAGUCACCGGGAUGUUCUCCAGCUGUCAUCCAACCUGCGGGAAGCCUCUCAGGUACUCUUCACCAAUCCUGAUGUGCGAUUGAUGCCCCCUGACCCAGACGAAUUUAUUGAAAUGCAGGAUCAUGGUGGGACAGUGAUGAACAACACUGGUUCAUCUGCAUCCCUUUCCAACGUUCCUAAUGCACUCUCGCGGUGGACGGAGGAGACUAGAGUUCUUGAGGCAGACUCUAUGCAUGAUGCUGUCACAGUUGUCAAGCCGGCAUUAAUGGCAGUUCUAGAAAAAUAUAGAGAUGCAGAGCAGUCAGAACGAGACAAAAAGAAAAAAGAGCAGGAGUCAAAUAAGCCUCCGCCGGCCUCGACUGAAAGCGCUCGUGGUCCUCUUCUUCUUCAGAGUGGUGAUGCCGAAAUGGGUGAAGCACCUGACAGUAAUCGUGCAUCUGGGGUUCAAGAAACUCCAAAUCCAGAAGCUUCUGGUCAAGAUGCUGCUAUUUUGAGCACAGCAUCCAUAGCAGAGUCCAUUGUGGAAUCUGUUUUGGCCUCUUCAUCAAGACCUCAAACGACGACAACACCCAGCUUUUCCGGACUCUUGACCCUAUUAUCUCCAGUAUCAUCUGGUGCUUCCACAUUACCACUGCAAGAACCUCCUGUUUCCUCAAUCCCAGCUCUUGGUGGGGCCUUGGGAGGUGUACCAUCUGCUCCAACCACCCCUCAAACCACAUGUGUGAGCAGUUUGCCUCCAUUCCCUUCCCCAACAACGUCUACCCCAACUCCAACCUCACUCUUAGCACCAACCAGUAACAUGACGACCUCCGCUCUGUCCGUCACAGAUGCAGAAAUGGUGGCAGCUUCUCCCCUGCCCACAGUGGGGCCUCAAACUAUAUCUAAUGACAAUGUUGAAAGUUUGGUUACUCAAGAAGAAACUCCUAUGUCUGUUAGCCCUCCAGAGUACCCCAGUCAAUCGCCGGAGUUGCUGGCAUCGUCUGGCGACACCCUCGCAACCCCACCAUUAGCAGGUAUGCCUCCAAGAGAAGCAUGGGAAGAUCCAAGCAUGCCUAUGCAACAGGAUUUGCAAGAUCAAGUAGGGGAUCAAACGAUGACCUCGUCACUUCCUGUGUUAGUUAUGCCAUCAAGCUUGAGAAGAGAGAGCCAAGAUUCAAGAGCUGGAAGGGAGAAUGAGGCUGGACCAUCUGGGUCGUCCAGCACUCGCCCGGACUACUCAGCCAUUCUUGGAGACAUUGAGAUCCCUGAGGGUGUUGACCCAAGUUUCCUUGCAGCUUUACCUGAAGAUAUGAGGCAAGAAGUAAUAGCUGAACAACUUAGACUUCAAAGAGUAAGACAACGAGCAACCGAGAGUACAAGAGAGAGCAACAGUGCCAAUGUUAGUGAAGUCAAUCCAGAGUUCCUGGCUGCACUUCCUCCAAACAUCCAGGAAGAAGUUCUUGCUCAACAGCGUCUUGAACAGCAGCGGCAACAAGCAGCACGUUCUAACCCUGAUGACCCCAUGGACCCAGUUUCCUUCUUGCAGACACUUCCACCAUCUCUUAGACAAACUAUUUUGGCUGACUUGGAGGACUCUCAGUUCGCAGCAUUACCCCCAGAAUUAGCUCAAGAAGCUCAGACGCUUCGCCGACAGCGUGAGGAGCGCAACAGACAUGUCCAUGAACACAUGUUCAAUAGAUCUGGCACAUCGCUCUCUUCUAUACUACGCAAUACAGCACGUAUUGGUUCACGUCUCAUGCACUCGUCAAGUUGGUCUACCAGCUGGAAUCUCCGAACCUCGUCUAGUGGCCAACAAGUGACAGCUACCAGCAAACCACGAGGUCGUCAACUUCUUGACCACGAAGCCAUGACUUGCCUUUUAGUUCUACUGUUUGUUGAUGAACCGAAGCUCAACACUGGUCGUCUUCAUCGUGUACUCCGUUACCUGUGUCACCAUACUCCCACUAGGGAUUGGGUCAUUAAGGCCUUAUUAUCAAUUCUGGAGCGGUGUGGUGAUCAAGGUCAGCUUGGUAGCAGUCGUCUGGGAAGUAUAAGCAGUGAAUUGUCCAUAUCAUGCUUGCCUCCCGUCACACCGGACCAGGCGGGUAAAGGGGCAAGUAAAAAAAUGAACGUUGGUGCAAGAUCCGACUCGACACCCUUAUCAUCAACUCCUGUUUGGCGAAGUGAAUCUCGUUCCCCUACUGCACCUUCAUGGCUCAGCAUGAGUAUGGAUGCUGCUCUUGGGUGUCGGGCAAGUAUCUUCCAAAUUCAGCGCACGCAGCAGACGGGUAAACGCACCUCAGCAGCAGCAUUAACAACGGCUGUCAAUAUUCACCCACAAGCGGCUCCUUUAGUGUGCAGACAUGCUCUUGACACAUUGAUCUCAUUGGCCAAGAGUUUUCCAAGCCAUUUCUUACCACACCAAGGCAAGGAACUAGAUGAUAAUAAAAGUGAAGUAAAAAAGUCAGGGAGUGGAACAACCACAGGUGCUAUCAGUAAAAACUCUAAGGGAUCAUCAAGUCAAAGUAGUGAAUCAACAGACUUUUGGGAAUUGUUAGUAAAACUAGACUCCAUAAGUGUUUCACGCAAAGGAAAAGGACUUCCCAGAACACAUUCGGGUGCAGGUAGUGGCAGUGAAGAAGAACAGCGUGUCACUAGUCUUGAAGCUUCGGCUCUGGGGCAACUCAUACAACAGUUGGCUCAUCCUGUUGUGCGUAGAUCUUCACUUCUCACCGACAGGCUGCUUCGUCUUCUGGCUCUGAUUUCUUUGGGGCUCCCUGACACUGCUGAUACAGCUACGUCACAGAAUUCUAAUACCUCGCAACACUCCACUGAAAAUUCUCAAACCUUAGAACAUCUUCUUAAAUUAGCAAUUCAAGUGUUAACAAGUAAAUCAUGCUCAGAGGAAGGUCUGGAAGAUGCAACAGCCCUCCUCCUCCACCUUUCCCAUGGGCCACCACCAGCUCGGGAUCAGGUGCUGAGACUCCUCUUACAGGGUGCAGCAACGCUCGGCUCAACGGUAGCUACUCACAUUGCUGCACUUUUAAGUGAUUUACAAGCCUACAAUGCUUCACAUCCACCCAUUUGUAUAAAUGAUGAAGAACACCAGGUGCUUGUGACUGAUAAGAGCAAGAAGGGAUUGCUGCAAGACAGAUUUACUAACGAAUGUGUCAUCAUAAGUGGAACAACAAAAGUGAAGCCUCCGUGUGAACUACAGUUGGCAUCCAUGUCGGCUCUCACAAGCAAAACCUCGUCACAGGCUUUCUUUUUGCGCACUCUUAAGGUCAUCAUACAACUGAGGGAUGCCAUCAGAUUAUCACGCACCAGAAAAACUGGUACUCAACCAACCACUGUAACCAGUGACAGACAAGCUAGUGAGAAUCAACCAAACACUGCAGCGAACCCAGAGCAGUCAGAUACAGGAACUAGUGAACCAGUUGCAGAAAUGGCUACCAAUCAGCAAGAGCAGAAUGCAGUGGUUAGUGAAGGACAACCUGAAGCUGCUGCCACCCAAGAACAAGUUAAUACACCAGCCACUCAAGAACAGCAAGAACCAGUUCUCCAGCAAAUCCAACAAGAACAGAUCGAGAGAGAUUUCGUUCCCGUUGUGUUAAUUGAUGUAUCGAAUCCAGAAGCAGACAAUGCAGCUAAUGCAUCAGCUGUACCUCAGCCAGAGAGUAUACAGCCCGCUGCUGAGGCAAUGGAUGUGGACAAUGAUGUUCCAGAAACCACUGAAUUGGGUAGUUUAAGUGUCCAAUUAAAUCUAGAUGAAUUGUGGUCAACGCUGUCUCAGUGUUUGAUAGAGCUCGGUGAGACACAAGACACUCAUGCUGUGUUAGUGUUGCAACCGGCAGUAGAGGCUUUCUUCCUGGUACAUGCUUCAGCUGCCUCUGGAGACCGAAGAGAGCGUUCUACCACGCAGACUGAAACUCGAGAAGCCCAGCUGGCUCACUUGCAUCAUGAAAUUGCACCACUCUCUCCUCUGCCUGCAGUACCAGCUGAAGAUGGCGAAGGUAAUGUGAAUCCAGCUGGUACGAGGAAACGAGAAAGCUCAGUGUCACACGUUCCCGAAUACAACCCUGGCGAUACCGAGAAGUUCCUUAAGUUUGCAGAAACACAUCGCACUGUUCUUAACCAGAUCCUACGUCAGUCAACGGUACACCUGGCUGAUGGGCCUUUUAGUGUUCUGGUGGAUCACACGCGUCUUCUGGACUUCGAUAUCAAACGCAAAUACUUCAGAACUGAAUUAGAACGUGCAGAUGAUGGCAUGCGCCGAGAAGACUUGGCCGUGCACGUCCGUAGGGAGCAUGUGUUUGAGGAUUCCUUUAGGGAACUACAUAGACGGUCCCCUGAUGAGUGGAAAAAUAGGUUUUACAUAGUAUUUGAAGGUGAAGAAGGGCAAGAUGCUGGUGGUCUUCUUAGAGAGUGGUAUAUGAUCAUAUCCCGGGAGAUCUUUAAUCCAAUGUACGCGCUUUUCUGCACUUCUCCUGGUGACAGAGUUACUUAUAUGAUCAACCCAGCAUCUCAUUGUAAUUCCAAUCAUCUCUCAUAUUUCAAGUUUGUUGGAAGGGUUAUAGCUAAAGCAAUAUAUGACAACAAGUUACUAGAGUGCUACUUCACCCGAUCAUUCUACAAACACAUUCUUGGCAAGAUGGUGCGUGUAGUUGACAUGGAGAGUGAGGAUUAUUCAUUUUAUCAGGGACUCAUCUACUUGUUAGAGCACAAUGUUGCAGACCUGGGAUAUGAGCUCACCUUCAGUACAGAGGUUCAAGAAUUCGGUGUAACUGAGGUUAGAGAUCUCAAGCCCAAUGGCCGGAACAUAGCAGUUACAGAAGAAUCCAAGAUGGAGUAUAUACGCCUUGUAUGUCAAAUGAAAAUGACAGGAGCCAUUAGACAACAGUUGAAUGCCUUCUUAGAGGGCUUCUAUGACAUCAUUCCUAAACGUCUUAUAUCCAUUUUUAAUGAGCAAGAAUUGGAACUGCUUAUAUCUGGGUUACCCACUAUAGACAUUGAUGAUCUACGUACUAACACAGAAUACCAUAAGUACCAACCAAACUCCUUGCAGAUUCAGUGGUUCUGGCGUGCCUUGAGGUCCUUUGAUCAGGCAGAACGUGCGAAGUUCCUGCAGUUUGUAACUGGAACCAGCAAAGUACCACUACAAGGUUUUGUAGCAUUGGAGGGGAUGAAUGGUACUCAAAAGUUCCAGAUUCACCGUGACGACAGAUCCACCGAUAGGUUACCUUCAGCUCAUACCUGUUUCAACCAGUUGGACCUGCCUGUGUACGAAACCUACGAUAAGCUGCGUCACUAUUUAUUGAAAGCAAUUCACGAGUGUUCUGAGGGUUUUGGUUUUGCAUAAGAAAUUUUCAUUGUUCUCACAGAUCUAGCCACUAAUUUCUAGUGACUAAAUAAACCAAAAUGUUAAAAUUUGAAAGAAAAGGAAAAAAAAAAAGAAAAAUGGGUAAAACUAUCGAAAACCCCCUUGCUACAGUGUGUGCACAGUGGAAGCUUUAAUGUUCACAAGUGUAGUCUUGGGAAGCAAAGGUUGAACCAAUACCGAGACACACACAGACAAGAGUGAUUAAUCUUACUGGUGUAAUGGAAGGUUCAUCUCUAAUAUUGUAAUACUUUAUAUAAACCUUGGUUAUUGUGGCUGGAGAGUGGUGUGCGUGUGUGUUUGAAUAUCCCAUUAUUGUUUUUAGGAUUCAUUUUUAUUUUUUUUUAUUUUUUUUAUUGUUUACUAAUAUAUGAUUAAAUAGCCAAC